UAAGCAUCCGUCAACCAGGAAGCGGAAAGGUCCUGGACGCGAUGCUCCUGGAUAAAACACCGGUGACUUAAAGCCGACAGGUGGAUACCGGCCUCUGACCACCAGCGUGGAAGUCGAUGGGUCGUAAGACGUCUUGAAAGUUAGCUGUUGGUGAUGAAGGCGGGUUGUCGGGUAAACUAAUUCACGUCUUUCUAUCACUUCAGUGUGCCGGUAUAAGUCGUCCGCGUACCGUCGGCUACCAGGUUAGCGCUCGGCUGUAAGAUAGAUAAAUUAGCGCGAUGUUUUUAACGUAUGUGGAGCUGUGGAGAACAUACUGGGAGUGUGUGUCCAGACCUUACACGGUGCUCAUCUGCUCCCUCUCGGCUGCUCUUUACUAUCUGUGGGGCCGCAAGUGUCAGACACCAGCCCUUAUUUGCGGCGAGGGCUUCAGUGCAUUCCUCCACAAGCACUGUCCUGCUGUAGCGGAGACAUUCAGUCCCACUCCCUGGUGCUGGGGGGGCCGGCUUCAGACCCUGGUCUGUGCCCUCCUCAAGUCCAGACCAUCCGUUAAUUAUCGCAAUGAGCUGAUCCGUACAGUGGAUGGUGGUCAGAUCUCUCUGGAUUGGGUGGACAAUCGAGCCAGUGUUACCUACCCAGAGUCGUCCACUCGGCCCACGGUGCUGAUCCUCCCAGGCCUGACAGGGAACAGCCAGCAGUCCUAUGUUCUUCAUGCCAUUCACCAGGCCACGCGUCGCGGGUACAGAUGCGUGGUCUUUAACAACAGAGGUCUUGGAGGAGAAGAGCUGUUGACGCCGGUCACCUACUGUGCAGCCAGUAUCUCAGAUCUUGACCGUGUGGUUUGCCAUGUCAAAGGGCUCUACCCCCAUGCUCCUGUGCUUGGUGCUGGUGUAUCUAUGGGAGGCAUGAUAUUGUUAAACUACCUGGGCCGUAAGCGCACAGAGUCGGGGCUGGUGGCAGGCAUCACCAUCUCUACCGCCUGGGAUGCAAUGAAGUCCUCUGACUCAUUGGAAGAACCUCUCAACUGGUUGCUCUUCAACAAAUACCUAACGAAUGGCCUGUGUCGAUCUGUGACCAGGCACAGGAAGAUUCUGGAAAAAGUGGUGGAUGUUGAACACGUCCUGAAGGCGCAGACCGUCCGCGAGUUUGACGAACGCUUCACGACUCUGCUGUUUGGUUAUAAGUCUUGUGUAGAAUAUUAUCGCGACGCCAGCCCGGCCAAAAAACUCCCCACUACAACAGUACCUAUCCUGUGUCUCAACGCCACUGAUGAUCCCUUCUCUCCGCAAAGAGCCUUCCCUGUGUCCAUAGUCCAGGGUCUGCCAAACGUUGCACUGCUGUUGACUGCCCACGGCGGACACAUCGCCUUCCUGCAGGGUUUGUUUCCGCGAGGUGAGGGCUACAUGGAGCGCCUGUUGGGCCAGUUUGUUGAAGCAGUCUUCGAAAACCCGACAGACAUCAAGGAGGCCUGUGGCCUCAACGAAGAUGAGCAGAGUGAAUAACCGCCAGGUGCGAAGAAUAUGACGCCACUAGCAUUAAAGCAGCUUAGCAACUGUCCACAUGAAUGCAUUGCCUAGAUCUGCAUGCGGUUACACUAUCACAGAAAUGUUGUGUCUUCGUCACGCUUGCAGUUGGGUGACCAGCAGUAUAGUAAAGCGCAACUUGAGUGCAACUCUGUUAACCUACCUCCUCGUCACCUCAGAUUCACAACCACAAGCAGCCAGACUAGCUUUAAAGAGAAAAAGGAACAAAAAAACAAAACAAAAAGAAAAUAAAAUCAAGCUGUGGAAACCGCUUUUUUAAAUAUCGACAAAAUUUUGGAGCAUUUUACAAGUUUAGAAUUAGUUUAGAAUUAACUUAAUUAACUUGAACAUUAUGAAGGUAAGGGAACUACUUGCAAUCAAAUGUUUUUUCUUCAUCAGUCAGACUCCGUCCAGUCUACACAGAACUGUGCUGGUGUACAGUGUUGGAACCACGAUGCAAACAUGUGUGGAGUUCCUUUUCAGUGAUGCUAUUCAAUGAAGUAAUGGAUAGAAUGUAAAACUAGAAAUGAAGUGUUGUAAAUAUCCUCUUGAUAUUUAUCUAUUUAGUGCUUUAGUUUUGGAAAACUUGUUUACCGUGAGGUGAACGUUUGUACUGCAGUACAGUUUGGUUUUUAACAGUUUGUCAGAAGUAACUGAGCCAUAGGUGUAAAAAAAAAAAAAAAGUGAGAUAUUCUUCUUAUUAUUAUUAUUUAAUUCACAUAUGAUGUGUCUUUUGUUUGUCAUUGGUGCAUAUUGUUAAUUGAAUAGACGAAGUUUAAUUUUGUCAAGAUUUUAGCUGCCUUUGGUCUUUCAGUCAUGUGACAAUUAUUUAAUGUGUUUGCAGGAAUUUUUUCUUGAAGUUAAUAACUCUUUGUUUUACAAAGACGAGGUCAGUGUACUGAAUGUCAUUUUAAGACCACUUGCGAAUAUACAGAUGUUAUGUUUGUAAUGCCACACACCUCGCUUGAUUGUGCUCACACCAAUGUAUUUAUGAAGUUAAUACACACACAAGUUCACUGCUUUACUUGACUCUUAACGGGAACUCAAGAUCUUUCAGGAACAUGAAGAUAUUAGGAUUAUGACCACUAAAGCUGCCAAUUAUUUAUUUUUAUUUUUUAUUAUUAUUAGUAUUAUUAUUAUUCUUUUUUGUAGAACGCUUAGCCUGUUAGUCAGCCGAACUUCCCCUGACCACAACAUUUUUGUGAGGAAAAUUGGGCUGAUGUAUUUACCGGUUAAAUGGAUCUAAUUGGUUGUAGGACUAUCCAGUUGCGUUCAGAGGCUUUUUUUUUCUGUAUUAGUUGAAAAUGCCACACAUUAAAAUCACAUUUUAGAAAGAAAUAUAUCUUUUCAUUAAUUUAAAUUAGUGAAUUAAUCUGCCGUUUGAAUAUGUUUACCACGUUCACUCGCCUUUAAUCUGUAUGUUUAAUCUGUGAGUUGUGUUUUUUUGUCUUUAGUUGUUGUAUCAUCAGUUUGUUUGUAUUUUAUUUAAUCACUUGAAUUAAAGGAUUCCAAGAAUA